CCCCAUUUGACAGCUUUUUUCUCUAGAUAUAGACAUAUAAGAAAUAAAGUAUAAAGGACACCUCAAGAAUCCCAUGUGGGGGAACUCUUUAACUUAUAUUUGUGAGGCCAACAAGUUGAUAAAAACUGUUAAUUUACAAAUUUUGUAAUAGCCAUGUAUGUGUUUGAUGAAAUGUCUGUUCCAACUUCUCCCAAAAGUGACAAAAUGGAACCUGGAAUGCUUCUUGAAGAAAGUUGGUUUUUUGGGAACUUACUUGAUAGAAAAUCAAGAAUGUUGAGAUGUUAUUCUGAUCCUUGUUCUUCUUCCAAGAAAACCCAAGAUUUUUUAUCUGGAAAAUCUAUGGAGGAAACAUUUUCUUCACUGCAAAAACUCCCACAAGGUGAAAAAUUGAAUCUUGUUUCAAGAAAAAGCAAACCAAGAUUACAAAGAGCAUCGUCGUCAUCAUCUGAACAGAGGUGUAAUCUGCAGAGGGCACCUUCUUUGCCUGUUUUUGUGGAUUAUAAAGAAGAAUCUCAUGAUGAAGAAAGUGAUUUUUCUAUGGGGAAAUUGAUUAGACAAGCAUCUAUAAACGAAGUAAAAAUUUCACCUCCGAAAACAUUACAGAGGAGUAAUCUGCAGAGGGCACCUUCUCUGCCUGUUUUUCAAGAAAGUGAACAAAUCCGUGAUGUAAAAUGUGAUACUUCACAAGUAUUGUUACCAAAAGCAUCACAGACCAAGGCACCUUCUUUGCAAGUUCUUCAAGAAAGUGAACAAAUUCAUGAUGAGGAAAGUGAUUUUUCUAUGGGAAAGUUGAUAAGGCAAGCAUCUAUAAACAAAGUAAAAAUCUCAAGUUCAAAACAUACUUCAAAGGCACAGGGCAAUCUGCAGAGGGCACCUUCUCUGCCGGUUUUCGCGAAAGUGGAAGAAAUUCAUGAUGAGGAAAAUGAGUUUUCUAUGGGAAAGUUGAUUAGGCAAGCAUCUUUGAACAAUGCAAGAGUCUUGCCUCCUAAACAUACUUCAAAGGGUCUCACAAGAAGUCCAAGCAUAUCUAGCAUCACAAAGCACCAACUAAGGAGAAAACAAGGUCAAGAAAGGAAGACUAGAAAUAGUUCAAAUGGCUUAGAAGUUGAAGAUUUGCAAGGAUUCAAGAACUUAGACUUGAACAAUGAAAAGAAGGAUUCGAUCUCAAAAUUUGUAAACACAAGUACUCCAGGCUUGACAGAGGAGAACAAGAAGAAACCAGUUGGUUUAUCAGAUUUAGACAAGAUACAAAGACAACCUUAUUCACCAGAAGAUCACAUGAAAGAACAGAUCAAAUAUUGGGCUAGAGCUGUGGCAUCGAAUGUUCGCUAAAAGUGGCUAUAUUUGCAAUUUUUUACUCUAGGAUAUAAAGUUCAUGAUCUUCUAACUCUCUGAAUGUAACAGAAACAACCUCUGUUUCUGCAUUUCAUAAGACAAAUAAUUGUUAAUUACAAAACUUCUUGUAUAAUCAAAGUGUUCACUGUGGGAAUAAUUUUGUAAAGAAAGAUUUGGUGACUUCUAUAUGAAAAAAUUGACUUUUUUUUUGCAACAUUUUU